AUGGCCGCAUCCACCCUGUCCGUCUGCUCCAGUGACCGGAGCUAUGGCAGCCGCGUCUGCCUGCCCGGCUCCUGUGACACCUGCUCCGACUCCUGGCAGGUGGACGACUGCCCAGAGAGCUGCUGCGAGCCCCCCUGCUGUGCCCCCACCUGCUGUGCCCCCACCUGCUGUGCCCCCUUCUGCUGUGCCCCCUCCUGCCUGACCCUCAUCUGUACCCCUGUGAGCUGCGGGUCCAGCCCCUGCCAGUCAGCCUGCACCAGCUGCUGCCAGCCUUCCUGCUGCAGCUCCUCCCCCUGCCAGGAAGACUGCUGUGUGUCUGUCUGCUGCAAGCCCGUCUGCUGCACCCCUGUCUGCUGCCAGACCUCCCCCUGCUCAGGCUCUUCAUGCUGCCAGCAGUCUAGCUGCCAGCCCUCCUGCUGCAGCUCCUCUCCCUGUCAGCCUGUCUGCUGCACCCCUGUCUGCUGCAAACCUGUCUGCUGCACCCCUGUCUGCUGCAAGCCCAUCUGCUGCACCCCUGUCUGCUGCAAGCCAGUCUGCUGCACCCCGGUCUGCUCCGGGCCCUCCUGCUGCCAGCCCAGCCCCUGCUCCUCGUCCUGCUGCAGACCGUCGUCAUGCGUGUCCCUGCUCUGCCGCCCCGUGUGCAAGCCCGCCUGCUGCGUGCCCGCCUCCUCCUGCUGUGCCCCUUCCUCCUCCUGCCAGCCCAGCUGCUGCCGCCGAGCUUCCUGCGUGUCCCUGCUCUGCCGCCCCGUGUGCUCCCGCCAGACCUGCUGUGUGCCUGCCUCGGCCCAGAAGUCCUGCUGCUGA